CACAUUGCAGGGGGAUUCUGUACCAGCUGAGCCACAAGGGAAGCCCAAGAAUACUGGAGUGGGUAGCCUAUCCCUUCUCCAGGGGAUUUCCUGACCCAGGAAUCAAACCACAUUCUUCUGCGUUGCAGGCAUAUUCUUUACCAACUGAGCUACCAGAUAUAUUGUUGUCACUGAACACCAACCCUUUGGAAAGCCCUAGGAAAGCUCAGCCAUCAAUAUGGCCAAGUACAAACUGAUCAUGUUGAGACAUGGAGAGGGUGCUUGGAAUAAAGAGAACCGCUUCUGUAGCUGGGUGGAUCAGAAACUCAACAGUGACGGCCUGGAGGAAGCGCGGAACUGUGGGAAGCAACUCAAAGCACUAAACGUUGAGUUUGAUCUCGUGUUCACAUCCAUCCUGAACCGGUCCAUCCACACAGCCUGGCUGAUCCUGGAAGAGCUAGGGCAGGAGUGGGUUCCCGUGGAGAGCUCCUGGCGUCUCAACGAGCGUCACUACGGAGCCUUGAUCAGUCUCAACAGGGAGCAGAUGGCAUUGAAUCACGGCGAGGAGCAGGUGAGGCUGUGGAGAAGGAGCUACAAUGUGACCCCUCCUCCCAUCGAUGAGUCCCAUCCUUACUACCACGAAAUCUACAACGACCGGAGAUAUAAAGUGUGUGAUGUGCCUUUGGAUCAGCUGCCACGAUCCGAGAGCUUAAAGGAUGUUCUGGAGAGACUCCUUCCCUAUUGGAACGAAAGGAUUGCUCCUGAAGUAUUACGUGGUAAAACCAUUCUGAUAUCUGCUCAUGGAAAUAGCUGCCGGGCACUCCUGAAAUAUCUGGAAGGUAUCUCGGAUGAAGAAAUUAUCAACAUUACUCUUCCUACUGGGGUCCCCAUUCUCCUGGAACUGGAUGAGAACCUGCAUACUGUUGGGCCUCACCAGUUCCUGGGCGACCAAGAGGCUAUCCAAGCAGCCAUUAAGAAAGUUGAAGAUCAAGGAAAAGUGAAACGAGCUGACAAAUAAAGUCUUUCCCACGUGCUGGCUAGGAAUAGCUGCAGAAGGAGUGGCAUGCAGUGUGUUAUGGGUGCUCAUCUUGCUUUUUUUUUUUCUUUUUUGGUCUCCCUGCCUGAUUUUUCCAGAUCUAGGCUCUGGGGUAGAGUUUGUAGAGGUAAUUAGGUAACUUAACCUUGGCCCAGUUAAAGGCUUUAGGAUGCCCAAGUGCUUAUGUCAUAGCCUUAUGCGCUAACCCCUGCCGGCCUCCUUUUAAUUAGUCACUAAGUUAGUCACCACUGGGGCUUAAUCAAUGUCCUAAGUUUCUGAGAUGGGAAAGCCACAAAUGAAGGUCAAGUUCAAGGUCGUCCUCAUUCAGUAAAUCAGUAUUGAGUCACUACUGACGGACCUUCACUUCAAUAAGACGUUUGUGUUUAUAGAAAAUUUCUGGGAUGAUAAUAAAAGAUAUUAGAUAAUAUGCUCUACUUAAGUACUUAUUACUAGUCUUUUCCUCAAGGAAAAGGGGUACUCUCAUAGGUAAGACCAGCGGCCCAUUAAAUGGGAGAGUCACAGAUGGAUUCUUCCAAAGCAGCCAGCUACAAACAGCAAGGCCCUUUGCCUCAUCUCUAGUCCAGAGACAUCCUGUUUGACAUCUGGUGGAAUUCCUUUCUGGCUGCUGGAAUUAGCAGCAUAUAGACAGCCAUGGCUGUUCAUGUUCUCUUUUGUUUUUAAAUAUUAAUCUUGGGCUCCUUAAAAUUGAUUUAAAAAUAAGUUCUGUGUCUUAAAAUGGUACCCCCAAAGUAUUUCCAUAUGAUUCAUAAGUAUUAAGUACAAGCUUCUGGAUUAGUCUCUGCUCUCAUCUUCCCAUAACACAAAGAGUUGUACUGGUUUCAAAACACAGACAUGCUUAAUUCUCUAUAAAUUGAAGGUUGGGUCGGGGUGAAGGUAGAAUACAGUAGGUGUAAUUUCAUUCACUUGAACAGGGGAAAUGGUAGACUGGCACUUGUCAGGUACAUUUCUUCUUUAUCUGCUGAGGGCAAAACACUAUGGUACAUAGUCUGUAGUCCUCAGGAUAGACCACAGACUGAUUGAUUGAUUGCUCAUCAAUCUUAAUGAUACAGGAUGUCUUUAGAUGCUGUAGACAGGUACGUCAUCAUUUCUUUAAGCUACUGCCUUAUGUCAAAGCAAGUGACAUACGUUUCAAUGAUAGAGUCAUCUUAACAGUUUACAACUAUAAUAGCUAUUACAGGUAUCACCAGUUUUUCACGGUUUUCCAUUGGUGGAUUAGUUUAUUUGUAUCCAUUUUAUAGUAAAAUUGGUAUUAGAAGGAAACUAAUUAUAAAACCCUUGCUACUGCUUGGUCUCCACUGAUCCUUAAAUCAAGACUUAGAGGGACUUUCCUGGCAGUUCAGUGGUUAUGACUCUGAACUUCCAGUACAGGGGGCACGGGUUCCAUCCCUGGUCAGGGAACUAAGACCCCACGUGCUGUGCAGUGCAGCCAAAGGAUAAAAGAUAGAGAAAACUUAGAGCAUCAGCUGAUAAAGGUGGCUGAAAAGAACAUGGUUUGCUCACAGCUGGCCACAUCUGCAAUGCAUAAGGACACGGAAUGUGGCUGCUUGGCAUUCCUGACCAACUACUGUCUUUUCUGCUGCCGUCCUUCUUUUCACAGUCCUGUUGCCCAAACAAAGAGCACUCUUUAUGAUAAUUCAGAGAUCAGGGCUGUGAAUACAACUAUCGUCUCUUCCUAGAAUUCCGAACCUGUGGCUAAACGUCAACUCAGACCAUUUUUGAACAGCUUCAUCUCUGGAACUGGCAUCUGAAUUUUCCAGCCCAAGUGCUGACCUUGUCUUAAAGCAGCUCAAGAGCCCAGAUUUGGAUUUUCCCCUCGUCCCACCUCUAGACAUCCACCUCCAGAGCACCCCCAGCAGCAUGAUUGUUCCUAUGCACAAAGCUGUGCUCACGCUCAGUCACUGGAGUCUCACAGACUUCCGCAGAGAAGGAUGAUUGUUGCUGACACAUUCUGGUCCAAUUUUGGUUUUAUUGUUUUUGACAUCUUGGCUGAAAUAAAUGAGAUUUAUGAAAA